CAUCGGUCAUGGAAUCGACCUCAGCUUCUAACAAUACCAAAGAAACGAUAAUGGACGACCCCGACACGAGUGUUGUCGAGGAUAUGGAAGAGGAACGGAGAAACUUUUUCAAAAUCAUUGCCGCCUUCAAGUACUACAGGCACAGCUCAUUGGCUGAACUGAAGCGAAAGGAAAGCUUUCUACAAACGCUACCACCGGCACACCAGAAGAUGCUAUCCAACUACCAGGAGCAUCUGCAGAACCUGAAGCGGUGCAUCGAUGUGAAUGCACAGGUUAUAAAGCAAAUCAUUCAGGAUGCUAACUGUCUGUUUCAAAAUGCGGACCACAACAUCGAACCCGAACUGCAACCGUCGGACGGGCUGAAGUUGCGCUAUCAGGACUUUCAGAAGGUACAAAUAACGAUGAAACAAAUAUUCCGCGAUUGGAGUGAACAGGGAAAACUGGAACGCGACCAAUGCUACACACCUAUAAUAGACGAGAUUAAGACAUUUUUCGAUCCUGCUAAAUAUGACCUUUCGAAGGUGAAAAUAUUGGUGCCCGGUGCGGGGCUUGGUCGGUUGAUUUAUGAGCUUGCCUGCCAAGGAUUUUACUGUGAAGGAAACGAAUUUUCUCUCUUCAUGCUGAUUGCGUCCAACUUUGUAUUAAACAGAUGCAUUAUUGCCAAUCAGUGUACAAUCUAUCCCUGGGUGCACCAAUAUGUGAACAAUCUGUCACAGAAGAAUCAGCUAGUGCCGGUUAACUUUCCCGAUGUAAGCCCAAGCAAAUUCCCACCGAAAGGCACAAUGAACAUGGUUGCGGGAGACUUUUUGCAGGUAUAUCGCGAUGAGAAUUAUUGGGAGUGCAUUGCUACCUGCUUUUUUAUUGACUGUGCUAACAACAUUAUUGAGUUUGUGGAAGUGAUUAAGAAAAUAUUAAAACCCGGAGGGAUUUGGGUAAAUCUCGGUCCACUGUUGUACCACUUUUCGGACGUACCGGGAGAGGGUAGCAUAGAGCCAACGUACGAAGAUCUGCUUGACAUUAUUCGCUCUCUUGGUUUCAUCAUUUUGAAAAAUGAAACAAAUGUAGUGACGACGUACUCUCAAAAUCCCAACUCUAUGCAUCAAAGCCAUUAUAAUAGCAUAUAUUUGGUUUGCCAGAAGCCCACCAAUUGACCUUAUGCCAUCGAUCUUACCGUG